UUUGGACCUGCCUUCCACCACUUGCCUCGCGUACCCUUUGCCAAACUACCCCCACGUCUCGAAGACACCUUCCUUUCCCACCACCUUCAGUGCUGUUUGUGUCGGGGUGCUAUAGUUGCCAUGAAGUUCAGUUCAUCGCUAAAGUUCAACGCUGUCGCCGAAUGGUGGGACGAGUACAUAGCCUACGAUGCACUCAAGAAGUACAUAUACCAGCUUGAGAAGACGCAGCACGAGCAGGGACACGGCGCCUACCGUGAUGCUGAAGAGAGCACCGAGCGGACGUUGCUUGUCGACCGUACUGGCCCCGACACCAACUCCGUGUUCGUGCCACUGCUGGAGAAGGAGCUCAAGAAGAUAUGUGACUUCUAUGAGAUGCAGGAGAAGCAUCUGGUGGAGGAGGUCGCGGAGCUGGAGGAGUUGGUUGGGCAGCAAGAUUUGGUCGGGAUGACGGGCGACCAUUACGAUGAGGCAUCUGCGCUAUAUGACGACGAUGACGACGACGAAGGGGAUGACGAUAGCUUGUCGCACAGUCCGUUACCGAAUCGAAGGAAACGGGUCGGGUCAACGUCUAUGGGGAGAAAAGCUGCUUUAUCCGACUCAACUCCACGUUUACACCGCAGGAGUAUUUCCUCCUCAUCCUCCGAGGGCCAAAAUGAGCAUUCUCAUUCACCUAUCAGUCCAACUGUACCCACCACCACUCUUGGACGGCUCGCAAACAAACUUACGCCCGACUUCAUGCGAAGCAGCAUCACAUCCUCAGCAGGAGAGAACGUCUGGACAUCCAAAUCCGACUACGCUUAUGAUACACGGUUACUCUUCAAACGCCGCAUUACUACCCUCUAUAUCUCCGUCACUUCCCUCAGGUCGUAUGUCGAGGUCAAUCGUUCAGGCUUUCGAAAGAUCCUCAAGAAGUACGACAAGGUUACCGUCCAUGAGCUCAAGGAAGACUACAUGCACAACUCGGUCGAACCUUCGCAGCCCUUCACGACUGGAGCCCGUUCGACACUUAACAGUCUCAUAAAUCGUCUGGUCGAUCUGUAUGCCAAAUGCGUUACACGAAGCGACCGAGGACUUGCGAAGCAACAGCUUCGACUCCACCAGCGGGAGAACAUUGCCUGGGAGCGAGAUACGGUCUGGAGACAGAUGAUUGGAAGAGAACGGAGAGGCGAGGGUAGCAGUGGCGGUCUCGCUGGCGCUGUUAUUGUCGAGGAACCGAUGGAAGAUGUGGAUAUGGGGGUAGGAAAAGGGAAGCCUGGUUGGGUCGUAACGCUCGGACCAAGGACAAGGAUACGCGUGACGAAGAAGAAGAUCGCAUUGGUGGGGGCGAUUGCCCUUUUUAUUGCCCUCCUUAACCACGAUACGGUGGAAGGUACAGAGGCGAAUAGGUGCUAUGCCAUUCUGAUGUUUUGUACCGUCCUGUGGGCAACCGAGGCUAUACCGCUGUUCGUGACUUCCCUCAUGGUACCAUUCCUACUCGUCGUUUUCGGUGUCAUUCGGAACGACGAAGGUAUUCCCCUCAAGAAACCCGACGCGACCAAAUAUAUCUUCUCCAUCAUGUUUUCGCCCACCAUAAUGCUGCUUAUUGGCGGCUUCACCAUCUCUUCUGCACUCUCCAAGACAGCCAUAGACCGGGUUCUGAUUACGCGUGUUCUUUCCCUUGCAGGAACGCGUCCAAGCACAGUCUUACUCGCUUUUAUGGGUGUUUCGUGUUUCGCGAGUAUGUGGAUCAGCAAUGUGGCAGCACCGACUUUAUGCUUCACCCUAAUACGACCGAUUCUGCGGACCUUGCCCCCGAAAUCGUCGUUUGGGCCUUGCCUAAUUCUCGCUAUUGCCCUGGCUGCGAAUAUCGGUGGCCAGUCUUCGCCUAUUUCCUCUCCACAAAACCUUAUCGCCCUUGAUGCCAUGGACCCUCCAAUCUCCUGGGGUGGCUGGUUUAUCGUCGCACUCCCGGUCUCCAUCGUAUCUAUUCUCCUAAUUUGGGGCUUGCUCCUCGCCUCAUACCGGCCUGCUCGUGCCCCCGAUGGAGGACCUGAUAUCGAGAUUAAACUUAUCCGGCCAACGAAGGAGUCCUUUUCCUGGAAACAAUAUUGGGUGGUUCUUGUGUGUAUUGUGACCAUAGUAUUAUGGUGCAUUGCGCGGAACGUGCAGGACUAUUUGGGGGAUAUGGGGGUCAUUGCAUUGAUUCCCAUUGUAGCAUUCUUUGCGACUGGUGUUCUCAAAAAGGACGACUUCGAGCAGUUCGCAUGGACCAUUGUUUUCCUCGCCAUGGGCGGUAUUGCCCUUGGGAAGGGGGUUACAUCGAGCGGACUAUUAGAGGUUCUAGACGUGCUUAUUCGUGACCUUCUCGAGGACGUGUCGCUGUAUAACGUUGUCUUGAUUCUGUCACCAGUCGUCUUGGUCAUCUCCACAUUCAUCAGUCAUACCAUCGCAAGCGUGCUGUUGGUGCCUAUUGCCAAGGAGGUCGGGACCAACCUGCCUGGUAAUCAUGCCAAUCUCCUCAUCUUCAUCACCGGCCUCAUAUGCUCGGCCGGGAUGGGUAUGCCUGUUUCCGGAUUCCCAAAUCAGACGGCGGCCCAGCAGGAGGAUGAAUUGGGCCAGCUCUACUUAACCAAUGUCGACUUUCUGAAGAACGGAGUCCCAGCGAGUAUGAUUGCGACUCUGGUCGUCGCAACUAUCGGCUUCUUACUUAUGAAAGCCAUCGGGCUGUAA